AUGUCGGCAUCGCUGUUCAGUUCCUUCUCUCGAUUCCGCCGUGCCAACAAGCGGCGCGACGCCCUCCUCGCGUUUUUCUUUGUGAUGCAGGUGGCCUCAUGGGGUGUUCGUACCUUGCAGUGCCGCAACUGCGGUCGCUACUGGCUGGCGGCGAGAGGGUGUGCUGCCGAUAUGGAGACCACGAUGAUGUCUCAGUCAGCAGUCCCGGCCUUCCUGUUCUACAACCCGGACCCGAACCCGGAGAGCCGGCAACAUGGCCGUUUUAUUCCCCAGCAGUUUCCCCUGCUCACGGCGCAAAUGAGCAUGCUUCCAGUCGUUGCCCCCCUCCCCUCGACGCCCAUCACACGGCCCGGUUCAUCGUGCUCCAAGCCGUCUACGAGCGUUCUGAUGACGCCUCAGUCCUCGACGCCUGUGCUAUCUCCGCUGCCCAUCGCAACUAAGCCAGCCAUCGUCGUGGACACAGACCUGAGCGACGCCGAAGGGAUCUACUCCCCGGCCACACCGCCGCUAUCGUCGUCUUCAAGUGUCAUCAGCAGCCCUGGCAGCUGUGAUAUGCUGCAAACGCCGUUGAACCCUAUGUUCUCGGGCCUCGAGGGCAAGGAAUCAUGCGAUGUGGACGCAGAGCUUGAACGAUUUCCCAGUCUUGACUGGUCUGCGUGCACAUCCCCGCCUCUGACACCUGUUUACUUGCAACCCCAACCACAAGCAGCCAAACUUGCCCCACUUGACACGCAGACAAGCGACCUCCUUUCUCCUGCAUCCUGCCCAUCGCUGUCACCUUCCCCUUCUCCGUAUGCGCGAUCCGUGUCUGGAUGCUCCGACGACAUCGAUUUUUGCGAUCCUCGCAAUCUGACUGUUGGCGGCGUCAAUUCGACGCUUGCUCCGGAAUACUCUGCGUUGACCACUCUAUGUGCGAGUGAGGACGAGGACCAAAAGUUUGCCCUCAGAAACGCCCCUGCCCCUGCAAGCUCGUCGAGCGCCUCCUUCGAGUUCAGCCAGGCCGCCCCAAUCAACCUUCAUUUUGACGACUUUUCCGAUCUCGAUUCCGAGUACAGCUUCGUCAAGGGACUUGUAGACCUGAACGACGGCUCGGCCACGCAUCUCAGCCGGUCGCGUUCGAGUUCUGACGCCCUGUCCCUUGGCCAAUCGAGCUACGCGUGCGACGACGACUCGGAGGGUCCGUUUGUUGUGGAUUUUCCAACCCCUCCUGACUCGUGCGACGACAGCGACGCGCACCGGGAUAAGCGGCAAAGGAAGUCCGAAAACGCCAGCAGGCCCGUCAUGAACUCAGCUGCCGAGUCCCAAUCGGGAAGUGCCCAACAGCAGACGCCGCCCAGCCACCAAGAAGGUUCCUCCACCGAAGCCAACAACGGGUCCGAGUCAAAUUCGGGCUCCGACAACGCUGCGGGGUCGAACCCUCUCCCGGCACCCACUAGCCGCCGAGGGCGUAAGCAGUCCCUCACGGAGGAUCCCUCCAAGACGUUUGUUUGUGAGAUUUGCAACCGGCGUUUCCGUCGCCAGGAGCAUCUUAAGCGCCACUACCGAUCGCUUCACACCCAAGAAAAGCCGUUUGAGUGCAGCGAGUGUGGGAAGAAGUUCUCGCGCUCCGACAACCUGGCCCAGCAUUCUCGCACCCACGGUUCAGGCGCCAUAGUCAUGAAUCUGAUUGACGAUCCAGAUGCUAUGGCAGGCGUACCAAUGCACCCUGCCUACCCGCACCCUGCCAUGAUGGGCGCUGACGGCUUGGUUGGUGGCGACGACUACCACGCGCUGGGCAAGGUGCUUUUCCAAGUUGCCGCAGAGGUUCCCGGCAGCGCAAGCGAACUCUCGUCAGACGAGGGCAGCGACCAGGGCAAGAAGAAGCGCAAAAGGGCCGACUAA